GAUAAGAAAAAACCCGGGAGAAGAAGAACUCGCACAGCGUUCCUUACCCUCACCCGCGCUUUUUGGAGGUGAAGGAUUUUCCGCUGAAAACUAUAAAUAUCGUUUCAGUCAAUACUGAAUCACCAGUUUCAAUCGCUCUCUGCUCCCAUCGCAACCUAGUGCACAUACUGCAAACAAUGGCUAUCUUUGCGAAAAUUGCAAUUUUGGCAUUUGUGGCAGUGGCGGUAAGCGCCCUCCCCGCACCAGAGCCGGCUCCCGCUGCCGAGGCCCAGCCGGAGAAGGGACCAGAGGCGGAACCAGACGCGGAGCUGGUUAAGGUGCAAAACGGAAAGAUUGCCCCCGCAGCCGCGCAGGAGGACGACGAGACCCUCAAAACGGCCAACUCCUACGGCUUCGGAUACGGCUACCCCGGCGGCUAUGGAUACACACCUUACUACGGCGCAGCUGGCUAUCCCUACCCCGGCGGAUACGGAUAUGGCUACGGAUACCCGUACUACGGUUACAAUCACUUCUAUGGACAUUACCCCUACGGUGGAUUCCAUGGCGCUUUUUACGGCUAAAUCACUGAUCUCUCUAUCGAUAAUCAUCCAAUGUCUGCCAAAGCUUCUCACUGCAUCGUCACUUUUACUGAAAAAUACUCCUAAUAUCUGCUUCAUUUAAAUGCAGAUUGAAAUGGAACAUUAGAAAUCUAAACUUUAAAUGUCAAUAGUGCCUUGCCUUUUUUGUAUCAAUAUUUUGUAAAUAGCCCAUUUUUCAUGCAGAUUUGCUGGACUGAGCUAAGCGCUUAUGGUUCAAAAGAUUUUUGUUUUAUAAUGAAGGGUAUACUGUGCAAUAAUUUAAAGUUUCAAGGAUGAAAAUACUCAUUGGGAGCUCCCGAGAUCGUGAAGUAUUUUUUUACUGAAACUUAAUUAUUUGCAACUUUCAUUUUGUUUUUAGCUUAUCGCAGAUGUCAUAAAUAUUCUCGCCAAAUACACACAAAAAUUAGUGCAGUUUUUUUAUCUCAGUCCAGCAAAUAUUUUCAUUAACACCUAAUCAUCAGCUCAUGUAACGUUUAAGUUAUACUUUUUUACUGUACAUUUUUUGUAGGAUUUUGAAAAUAAAAAACCUCAACUUGUGGUAAAUUUCUA